CAUGUUUCUCCUCUCCCGCUCCAAAGGGGCGACCGAGAAGAACACAGUCUCAUCAAAGCCUAAUAUGGGAAAGGGACGGGAAGCUUUGGGAAGAGAGGGGACAAGACACACUCUCUGCGUACGGUGCGGGCGCCGUAGCUUUCAUCUUCAGAAGAGCCAAUGCGCUUCUUGCGCUUAUCCCGCUAGCCGUAUCCGCAAGUAUAACUGGAGUGUGAAGGCCAUUACGAGGAAGACAACCGGAAUGGGAAGGAUGAGGUAUUUACAUCAUGUGCCUCAAAGGUUCAAGUGCAAUUUCAGAGAAGGGAGCCAAGCGGCUCCAAGGAAGACAACUGCUGCUGCAUAGAGGAGUUGCUUCAGUUUUGGGGCAUGUCUGAAGCAUCCAGUUCCUGUAUUUGAUCUGGAUUUUGUUGAAUUUUAUCAAUUAGGUUCUUUUACACAGGAGAUAUUGCUAUCUUCUAUAGAGAAUAGACUUUUUGACUUCUUAAACUGCCGAAUAAGCAUGAAGUUUUAGUAUUGGGAUAAACCAUUCUUUUGUAUAAACAUGAAGUUUUGAUGUUGGGAUAAACCAUCCUUUUGUUUUCUGUGUA